CGUGAUGUUUUCGCCGCGGCGCCGCCGAGGCCGCCUGCGUGAGUACGAGCGGGCGGGCGGGGGCCGUGGGGCGCGUCACGGGCCGGCACCGCCCGCUCCCCUGAUGCGCUGCCCUCUUCCCCGGUGAGCCCGGCUUCCCCGCCGCCCUCCCCGUUCCCUCCGGACCCCCGCUUCGGCCCCCUAUAACAUGGCGAGCGGGAUGAAUGGCGCGGCCGGCGGCGGCGAGGAGGAGCCGGGCCCCCGCGGCGCGGGAGGCGGAGCCGCGCCUCAGCCCGAGCCCGGCGUGGUGGCGGGCGAGGGGGACGCGGGCGAGGGCGGGCGCUGCCCGUCGCCCCAGCCCCACCACCUGCUGCUGCUGCUGCGCCGCUCACCCAGCGCCUCGCUGUGCCCGGAGCCCCGGGGAGGGCAGCCCCGCACCGCCCCGCCGCCCGGCGACGACGUGAGGCGCUGCGGCUACCUGAGGAAGCAGAAGCACGGGCACAAGAGGUACUUCGUGCUGCGAGCCGAGAGCCGCCUGGCCCCCGCCCGCCUCGAGUACUAUGACAGCGAGAAGAAGUUCAAGAGCAGCCUCCGAGCGGCCGGCGGGGCCGCCUCGCUAUGCCCACCGCCCAAGAGGGUCAUCCCGCUCUACCAGUGUUUCACCGUCAGCCGGCGAGCUGACGCCAAGCACAAGCACAUCAUCGCCUUGUACACCAAGGACGAGUAUUUCGCCAUGCUGGCCGAGAGCGAGGCCGAGCAGGAGGCCUGGUACCAGGCCAUCAGCGAGCUCAUGAGCCAGAGCAAGAGAGGCUUCCUGGAGCAGGAGGACCACACCGAUCAGCAGGUGGAUGAGGACGAUGAACACUACGGGGCUGCCCUCAGGCCUGGCACAGUCUUCAAGGAGGUGUGGCAGGUCAACGUGAAGCCAAAAGGGUUGGGGCAAACCAAGAACCUUACCGGAGUGUAUAGGUUGUGCCUCUCCAGCAAGGCCAUCCACCUCGUCAAGCUGAACUCAGAGGUGCCCUCUGUCCACUUGCAGCUGAUGAAUAUUCGUCGCUGUGGACACUCGGAAAACUUCUUCUUCAUUGAAGUGGGCAGGUCUGCCUCCAUUGGACCUGGAGAACUCUGGAUGCAAGUGGAUGAUUCCGUGGUCGCCCAGAACAUGCAUGAGACUUUUCUGGAGACUAUGAAAGCUCUAAAGGCCUUUGCGGAGUUCAGGCCCCGAAGCAAGAGCCAGUCUUCUGGAGGUGGCAGUGGUACCAAUCCGAUCUCCUUCAUCACCACGAGGAGGCACUUGGGCAACCUUCCCCCCAGCCAGACAGGCUUACAGAGAAGAUCUAGGACUGAGAAUGUUGCUGGAGGGACUCCUCCUACCACCAAAAGCAGCAACUCCUAUCGGUUCAGAACAUCCAGCGAAGGAGAAGGAACCAUGACUAGACCUUUUAGGUCAGUGACUGGGAGUCUGAUCCACCUGAAUACUGCAAGGAUGAAUUUGGGCCGGCAGGAAGGGAGCGGAAGGUAUGUGAGAGCGGCUUUCAGCUCAUCUUACCACACCAGGUCUGCUUCACUCCCCGUUUCUCAUUUUCCCUCCACUACAAGUCCCAUCAGUGUUUCUUCCAGUAGUGGCCAUGGCUCUGCUUCAGACAUGUUGACCAGGCCUUCUAGCUCAUCUGUGUGUGGUUCCCCGAGUGAUGGGGGAUUUGUCUCUUCUGAUGAAUAUGGCUCCAGCCCUGGAGAUUUCAGGUACUUCCGAGUCAGGAGUAACACGCCAGAUUCCCUGGGAAACACGCCGCCUAUCAGGGAGGAGAACUGUCUGAGUGAGUACAUGUCCAUGAGUAAGCAACAGGCAGAUGAUGGCUCAAGAGAUGAUUAUAUGGAGGCUGAAAAGUGUUUCAGGAAAAGAACUUACUCUCUAACAAAACCAACUUCUGUAGCAGUGCAGCAGAAGAUGACACAAACCACAGCUUUGUUAGAUGAAGAUUCUGCAGGAAAUCACGGACGAUUACUUUACUCUGAAACACCAAAACUGAAAGACAACCAUGAUUCAGAGUAUAAUGACGCUAACCUUGAUUCUGUAUGUAACCAAAGUAGGAGUAAAGCCAGGGAUGAUGGGUACAUGCCAAUGAUGCCAGGAGUUGCAUCUUCUUUAUCCAGCAACAGCGAUUAUUUGCCAAUGACUCCUAAAAGUAUGUCUGUUCCAAAACAGAUAAACAAUUCGUGGUCACCAUCUCAGGUUGACUCCAGAGGAUAUAUGAUGAUGUUUCCAAAGGCUAGCUCUUCACCCGUACGAAGUCCUUUAACUGGAUUUGUUUCUAAAGGAAGUAAUGAAAAGAUUGUAAACAAUGAGUAUAUGGAUAUGUCACCUGGUAACUCGACUCCAAAGCACCCCGGUGAAUCAAAUUAUAUUCACACUUCUUCUGUUUCCAAAGGUUUCAGUUCGUAUUUUUCUUUGCCUCGAAGCUUUAAGGCGUUAUCAGGACAAAACGGUGACCACAGCGAAUACGUUCCAAUGUCUUCACCUGGAAAGCUCUUGUACGGUGGACCAGAAAAUGUGAAAGGGAUCAACAGUGAGGCCCUGGCUAACGGCAUCUCUAAAUUGCCAGUGGUGAAGGGUUCAGAUGAAGGACUUGUGCAGAACAGGGCUGCUAGGCCCACAAGACUCCCACUAGGUACGAGAGGGAGUAAUACUAUCCCAAGAAUGUAUGAUCGUACAGUUCCACCUGAGCCAGCGAGUCCCGGUGAAUACAUCAAUAUUGAUUUUAAUGAAAAAGUGAGUAAUACUCCAUACUCCUUAUCUGCAGAAGGAUCGCCAUCGUCUCUGGGCUCAAGUAGUGACCACAGACAGUCCCCACUUUCUGAUUACAUGAGUGUUGACUUGGAUGUACAGUCACCGAAAACAGCCAAGGAACUGUCCAACUCUCUAACAGAUAUUUCAAUUUAUGCAAGUUCCAGUAUUCCUAGAAACCAAUCAAAUCCUGACUACGCUAGGCUUUCAUUUGGUACUGCUUGUGUUAGCACUGCAAGUAACAGGACUGAUGACUACACGGAGAUGACGUUCAAUAUGGCAGCCACACCACCUCGGCCAUUUGCCGCCGAAUCUGAUGAUGGUGUAAAGAUUGAUAGCCCUUCUUCCAUAGUUAAUAGACUGUGCAUUGUUGAUCGAUAUGCUGGUAGCAGUGGCUUCUCCGUUCCUAGCUCUGAUCCACCUAUGGGACCGAAAGUGAUUCGAGCUGAUCCUCAAGGCAGGAGGAGACACAGUUCUGAAACAUUCUCUUCUGCUGGGACUGUGACGACCUCCUCCUCUUUCUUUACUGAUAGUAGCAAAAGACACAGCUCUGCCUCAUUUGACAAUGUUUGGUUAAAACCGGAUGAAAACAUUUCUGAUGGUCAGGAAAGCAAAAUGUCCAGGGAUACCUCAACUGGAUUUCAAAAUGGCUUAAACUACAUCGCUCUGAAUUUACGCGAUGAUCCUAUAAGCUGUGAGGCAAGUACUACAGCGCCAACUUGCCAUCUCCAAAAUGGUACUUCAGGUUUGGAUAGUGGAGCUUACGUGAGCAUAGAUUUCAGCAGAUCUGAUGGUCUGAAGUGUAACGCUGCAAGAAAAGACUGACUGCAUUGCCAUGGAAACCAUUGUUGGAAGACAAGACUUUUCUGCUGGUAACUCCAGAAACUGUGUGGUGCUUUUGGAAGCAAAGCUCAGCUCCAGCCGGCUACUUUCAUUUCCACCAGCACGGACAUAGACACACAUCCUUUUAAUUAAUUUUUUCAUAGACAUCAGCUCUCUACAGUUGAAUUAAUUUGAAUUGAGAUUUUUUCAUAGCUGUGCUUUGGUGAUGGAAUUUGGUCUUUCAUGUCAUAUCUACUUGGGAGGCAGCGUGAAUGCCAGUGGGAGAUCCCUGUGUGCCCCUUUCUUCCUUCUGCCUCUCACAUUAAUUUUUUUUUUUUUAAAUUUAUAUUCUGAGAAGUCAAAGAUGGUUUCUGAUCGUCUGUUUAACAUGGGGUUUGCUUCUCUGGUACAGUAACAAGUGGUUAGCUUAAAACAUGUAUUGUUUAGAAAUAUCUUGGCAGUUCAGGAUUUUUCCAGGUGGCUGGGCAGAAGGCGGGUGGGAGAGAAAGGUGCCCUGAGGAGGAACCUGUGGGACCCAACGGCUCUGGGAAGGAGAGGCCUCUUCUGCCUUGUUAUAUUUUUUUUAUUUUGUUUAAGAUUUUGCUUUCAUGGUACAAGAGGUAUUUCUUGAUCAUAGGCUUAGAGUAUUUUAAAUCAAGUGUCUGUCGGAGCUUCAACUGAAUUUUCUUUUUGCUCAGAAUUUUGGUAUGUACAAAGUAGGAUUAAUGGGCUGGUUGUCUUGUAGAUUGUUUUUGUUCUUACCCUCAAGAUACUUGUUUAUAAAUACGAAUAGUGUAAAAUGAGGUUUUUGUUCGCACAUUCAAAUGGAGAACUGCAGGGUCAUAUCCAGCGUUUGUGACUUCUGCAUUAUACUUGUCAGCUCUAGCUUUUUAAAGGGAAACCACCCUAAUUGAUCUUACUUUCAAUGAAAGCCCCAUUUUUUAAUUUGGGAUUAUUUUUGUUCUUUCUUCCUGGCUUAAAGGGGGAAAAAGUAAAGUGUUGGCUCAUCAAUUAUCUUUAUCCCGCUUACAGAAAUGUGACAUUUCUAAAUUAAGCCCUGAUUUCCCCAAUUUAAGUGCUUCGCUCUUGUACUGAAUUUUUGGUUUUUGGUUGGAAUGAAUUUAGAUUUUUAACACUGCUAUGAAUUUACAGAGCGUGGCACCAGUCGCUGGUACAUGCAAUGUAUAAUAACAGGCACUGACGAUGAAUCAAGGGUUUGGAAGUGGUACGCCAAUCCUCAUGCUGUACUGCACCACACAGCUGGUACUCCUCUGUCGUAUAUUGUACAACCGACUUGUCAGGCCGCCUCACCUCAAACGUGUGACCCUUGGGUUGCUUGUACCCUUUGUAUAACACACAAGGCACCGUCACCUUCGGCUGCUCGGUGACGUGUACCCAGAUCUGUUUUUGCAUAGUAUUAAAACGUACAUGUCACUAAAAGGUGAAGAAUUAUUUUUCCUUUGGAAACAUGGUACCAAUCGCAGUGUCCAGAAACUGUUGCUGCAGGGUUUAAAAGCACAGAGCUGGUUUUGAUUCUGGAAGAGAAGUUUAAGUUGGUACAGUUACUUGUUGCUGCUAAACAUACCCUAAUGAAAAAUACGACCACUCUUACAGACCACGAUACUGUCUCGGCAAAUAGCUUUUGUUUGGUCGCGCAAAUUAAUGAUGCAAUAUGUAGACAGCUUUUUAUGAAGCUUUACAUCUUUUCUAAGAAAUCAGAAUUUGGAUGAAGAUAGCUCUAAACAUUUAAUCUGAAAGGAAAAGGCUGUUUUGAAGAAAUUUGUUACGUACUUAUUUCAUAUUAGACCCCUGAGGCUGCCAUUGUACAAUAUACAGCACUGAUUUAAUAAAUGCUGAAUAAAUAAGUAAAUGGGUAACCUCAAGCGUAGUGGUACAAAUACUAAUAGGUACGGCAUAAUAAAUAUGCAAUCUUUUUGAAUCUCUUAGUUUACAGCAACUAAUUUAUUCAGUAUUGUGCUGGAAGAACAUUUUCAGAUGAUGUAAAACAUAUCACUAUAUAUACGACCUUCCAGCUACCCAUUUAUGCUGCUGUAUAGUACAAAAAUACCAAUGAUAGAACAAUGUUUGUCCUGUAAAUUUAAUUUGAUACUGGACAGUUAUUGUCUGUACAAACGAAAACAUAUAUGGUUGAAACUGUUCAUUAUAUUUGCUAUUUCUGCUUCACAGAUCUGUUUUAAAGUUGAGCUGAUUGAUCUGGCUUUGUCUUCCAUUGUAAAUAUUGUUAUGUUGUUUUCUUUGUAAAACACAUCGCGUUUGCGGUUUUGGGAGACUGGCUUGAAGCUCUGUAUAGUGUUUAUAUUUAUCUGACCUGGCUUUCCAUAGAGCUACUUGCAGUAAAUACGUGUUCAUGUAGCUCCGUGUCUGUGU